CUCUGGAGGCUAGUGUUGGAAUUUUUAAAGGGAAGAAAAAAAACAUCAAUUUAAUUAAACAAAAACAAAGCAGCAAGGGUUUUUAUGUCCUGUUUUUGAGGUCUACUCGAUUUGCAUUUAUAAGGCAAUAAUUCUCGCAGAGUUCUCUGCACUAUUGUUGACAGUAAAUAGGAAGUGUUAUUCAGCGGCGCAAUGAAAGCAGUGAGUGAUCUUUCUCCUCUGAAAAAGGCAGGCUGCGGUGAGAUGACAUUGCAUUGCCUGUCGGAACACAGCCUCAGCAUCGCCCGCUGCAAGAUGGAAGAGGAGUCCCUGGAUCUGCAGUACGACAUGAAGGAUUGCUACUCCAAGCUGAAGCAGCUGGUCCCCACCAUCCCCCAGAACAAGAAGGUGAGCAAAGUGGAGAUUCUACAGCAUGUGAUCGACUACAUUCUGGAUCUGCAGCUGGCUUUGGAGACGCACCCGGCUCUGGUGAGACCGCAGCCGGCCAUCUGCUCUUCGGCACCGCGGAAUCCUCUGACAGCCCUCAACACCGAGCAGACUGGGUCUAAAGUCAGAAGACCAGAGGACAGCAUUCUGUGCCGUUGAUGUGAUGCUGUGUGAGGUGUGCCCGAGAAACGCGCGCGCGCACACAUAACAGACCAGAGAGGGGGAAGAAAAAAAAAUUAAAAAGAAAAAAAAUCAAAUCCUAGCGAUCAACGCCAAAAACCUGUCCAACAGACUCUGUCCUUGGAAGGGUUUCUGCCAAAUCACGUCUUCUCUGUCUGCUACUCAGCGUUAACGGCACAGACUUGGGGGAAAAAAGAGUUCUGAUCUUGGGACACUUGGGGAGGGGUGGGGGGUGAUAAAUUGAGUGACUUCAGGCUGAUCUCGACAACUCAUCAGCAGGCGAAAGAAACCAGUGAAACCCAUCUAAGGAAAAAAGUAGAAAGUUUCAUCGACUAAAAACAACUGAUUGCUGACGCUUUUUACUAAUCCAGCAGUAUCUUCCAGAUGUUAUGUCAUGUUUUACAUAGACAACUGGCUUGGACCAGGGGAGUGUCGGUAUGAUUUUUAAAAAAAAAUUGUCAAUGUAUAGAAAGGAGGAGGGGCGGGCGGCGAAUCUUAAACCUGCUGUACAUAUUCAAGAUGUUCUUUAUGAGUGUACGUGGAAAUGUAUAUGCUUUAAUAGAUCAUUGUAAUUAUAAGAUAUUUUUUAUUAAAAAAAGAUUUUUUUGUACAGUUUUACAA